AUGCGAUUCAACGUUACGUAUUUUCCAACUAAAUACAAUAUUUCGAUACUCCAAAUAAUGAACUGCAUAUCGACACGAUCCCCGAACGAGUAACAGAAGGGUCUCGUUAAAACAAACCAGUUUGAAAUUUUGUAAUUAACUAUACAUUGCCGACAUCAUUGGACACAUUUUAACGUGUGUUCGUUCAUUAGACGUGAGUAGGAUAACUUUAAAUCGGUCUUAUCGUGUGAUUUUAUCAAAAAAGAUUCGAACGAAUCUAACAAAACCGCUGGAAGUAUCGGCGGAUAUGGCACGUGAAUAAAAUUUCGGAAAAAACGGUGAAUUUGUGUUUGAAAGUUUGUUGUUUUUAUACAGUCGUCUGUUUUGCUGAGUGUAUUUUUGUGAUGAAAAAGGUUAGUGAAAGAACUGUAGAGAUAACGAUAUGCGAGUCUGAAACUUUCUGGAACCAUGGAAUUGAAUGAAAGAAAAUUAACGAAUAUAGAUUCUGAGAAAAAUGGUAAUGCUGAAAAAUCCACUGGAGCAUUGAAUGUCCUUAAAUCACCAAACUACAAUUCUAUCAACUCCGAUUCGAGAAUAGACCUUCUCAACAAAGAUGGAGAAGAGGAAGAAGAAAGGUCACAAAAUUUUUACGAGAGAAACAGUAAUUCUAUCACCAAAUCUGUCAUUCUACUGAUACUUCUCGCUUAUUUUAUAUGGGCAACUUAUCAUCAAGUAUUCAUUUUGAAAAUAAAUAUAGAUACAACGUUUUGCAGCGGAUAUGGUUUCUUGAUCGUAUUAUACGGCUUACUAGCUUUUGGCUUGAGCUACAACUAUCUUCUGGGUCCAUCAUUGAUGCCACAUAUCUAUGAAAACCUUUGGACUCCCCUUGUAAACGGUUGUCAAAACUCUAAGUACUCAUUAUCGGUGUUCUACAUUGCAUUUUUUGGCGGUUUUACAACCUUCCUAAUAAUCGACACUGAGGAUGAUAGAUACAGACUGGUUUCUCUUUUGGGAUUGGCAGUAUUUCUUCUAUUCGGAUACGUAAUAUGUCCCUUCAAAUCCCAAAUCAAUUGGAAAACUAUCAUCAAUGGCAUGGUUCUACAGUUUUCAUUAGCCUUGUUGAUUAUAAAGUUCAAACCAGGAGAAGAGUUAUUCAAUUGUUUAGGAAAUAAAGUAACGACCUUUUUAGGUUACGCAGUAGAAGGUGCAGCAUUUGUUUAUGGUGAUGAUCUUGUAUAUAAACAAGGAGUAUUUGCGUUCAAGAGUCUUUGCACCAUAUACUUCCUUGGAUUUUGUAUAAAUAUUUUAUACUACUACGGUUGGAUGCAAACAUUCGUUUCGACGCUGGGAAAAUUCUUCAAAUUCUGGCUUGGAACUUCUAUAUGUGAAAGCGUGAACAGUGCUGCCAAUAUUUUCUUGGGCAUGACAGAGGCCCCUCUACUACUCAAACCAUUCCUUCAACGUUUGACGGACUCAGAAUUACACAAUAUUAUGACAUGUGGCUUUGCUACUACAUCAGGUACUGUUCUUGCUGCUUAUAUUUCAUUUGGAGCAAAUGCUGCUACACUUAUCACUGCCAGUGUAAUGUCCGCGCCAUCUGCACUUGUCUUUAGCAACUUGAUGUAUCCAGAAACAGAAACUCCGGAAAUUACCCAGGAAAAUGUCCAUCUAACUGAAAUGCCUUAUGCGUCAGUGUUAGAUGCAGCCAUCACGGGUUCUUCAGAUGCUGUCAAAAUGGUCCUUGGUAUAAUUGCAGGAAUCAUUGCAUGUCUGUCCUUUGUAUACUUCCUCAAUGGAAUACUGGCUUGGAUGGGAAGUUUAGUUGGUUAUACCAGUCCAGAGGACGAGUGGUCUCUCACCCUAUUCGUAGGGGAUAUGUUUGUGCCUAUUGCUUUUCUUAUGGGAGUCCCCUGGCAAGAUUGCAAACAAGUUGGAGAACUGAUAGCUCUCAAGACAACUGUUAAUGAAUUCGUAGCCUUUCAGCGAAUGGGAACGAUGCAUUUACUGCCAAAAUCAAAAACCAUAGCUACAUUCGCUAUCUGUGGUUUCGCUAAUCCAGGAUCCGUAGGAAUAAUGAUCUCAGGGUUGAGUGCUUUGGUACCUGAAAAGAGACCUGUUAUAACACGUCUGGUGUUUCGUGCUGCCGCAGGAGGAGCAGUAGUUUGUUUUAUGACCGCUUGCAUAGCAGGUUUGGUGAUUCCCACGGAUAUCCCGCCACAGAUUAUUACAUGAACUGGAAAGUGAUCUCAAAUUGAGAGUUGAACUUGAGAUUUUAUCUUUCGAUAUCGAAUUUCAUUAAUUUAAAUUAAUAUUUAUUCGUAUAUUAUCUUUAUUGCACAUAAUAAAAUUUUAUCGAAGA